UCUAUCUCCAUUUCCAAUUAAAGCCAUUUUGUCAAAUGUAAAUUUUAACUCCAUUUCCGAUCAAAGUCAGUUAUGUGUUUCGAUUUUUGAAAGCAAUAAUUUGCAAAUAUAAAGAUUGCCAUUGUAAUUUGAAAAAGUAAUAAAGUUUGAGGCUGUUUGUAGUUUUGUUAUGAAUAAUGUUUCCGGCUGCAUAUUGGGAAUCUGGUUUGAUUGGGGGCUGGGGCAUUGAUGCUCUGAGUCUGAUUAUCUGCUUUAUCAAGCAACAAAGCACAAAAUCUCACUGAACACAUUUUGAAAUUGAUGAAUUGUAGUAUUUGACUAUUGGAGUUUAGUGUUUUUCAUUGAUGCAACAAUUGCAUUCUUCAAAUAUCCCUCUUUUUGUUUAAGCCUAAAACCCCACAAACCCUAAUUUUAUUCUUCAUUGUGGCGAAUAUGAUAGUAACUAAAUUGAUACAACGAUCCAUUCUACAUCAACAUCUACCCUUUCGUUCUCUCUGCAAUUUGCCAAAAACCCAAUUAACCACUCAAAAACCCGACCCAUUGACCCAAGUUAUUUCCAUUCUUGAGAAUUCUAAAUCCAUAUAUGCUCUUGAUUCAGUCACCCACAUGAUAAAUCGCCAUACAGCUUCUUCAUUUAUGAUGAAACCUCCAAAUUUUCAAAUGGGUUUUCGAUUUUACAUCUGGGCAAUGAAGCACAGGUUUCUUAACGCUUGGGAGUUCAAUGGUUUAGUUGGUGACAUGAUUCUAGAUGAUUCGAAUGGAUUUGAUCUUUGUUGGGAAGUUCUUGAGGAGCUCAGGAAUAAUGGGGAUGAAAUCCCAUCUGAAGUCUUUUUCGUGUUGAUUUCCACUUCUUGGAAGGCUGGAAAUGCAGAAAAGGCGGUUGAAAUCUUCGGUAAGAUAAAGGAUUUCAAUUGUAAACCUGAUGUUUAUACUUACAAUACAAUUUUGUAUAUUAUGGUAGAAAAACAGGUGCUUUUGUUGGCCAUGUCUGUGUAUAAUCAAAUGCUGAAGUUAAAUUGUAGUCCGAAUAUAGCUACUUAUAGCAUUUUGAUUGAUUGUUUGUGUAAAAGUGGCAAGGUACAGGAUGCCCUUACUCUUUUAAAAGAAAUGACUCAGGGUGGGGUGUAUCCUAAUGUCAUAACAUAUACCAUUUUAUUGUCGGGUUUGUGUCAAGCUAAUAGGAUUUAUGAUGCACAAGUUUUGUUGAAUAAAAUGACUAGUAGUGGGUGUAUUCCUGAUUCAAUUACUUGCAAUGCUAUGAUUCAUGGUAUUUGCAAGGCAGGUAGGAUUGAUGAAGCAAUUGUGACUAUAAAGCAUUUUCAGAAUCAAGGUUAUAGUCUAGGGAUCAAUAGUUAUAGUUGUCUAAUUGAUGGUUUGUUUAGAGUUGGGAGAUUUGAGGAAGCUAAAAUGUGGUACGAUAAACUUUGUGAGAGUAAUAUAACUCCUGAUCUUGUAUUAUACACUAUUAUGAUUCGAGGUUAUUCAGAGGCAGGAAAGGUUAAGGAUGCUUGGAAAUUUUUCAUAGAGAUGACUGAUAGAGGUAUGGUUCCAGAUACUCAAUGUUAUAAUGCAUUAAUAAAAGGAUUUUGUGAUUUGGGUCUCUUGGAGGAGGCACUAUCACUUAAGCUUGAGAUCUCAGAGAACAAUUGCUUUCCUGAUACCUGCACGUAUACCAUCCUCAUAUGUGGUGCGUGCAAAAACGGGAUGGUAGGUGAGGCUAAGAAACUUUUUGAAGAGAUGGAGAAAGUUGGAUGUUUUCCUUCGGUUGUGACUUUCAAUGCACUCAUUGAUGGGUUAUGCAAGGCUGGAAAACUUGAGGAAGCACGUUUCUUGUUCUAUAAGAUGGAAAUAGGUAGAAAUCCUUCUUUGUUUCUUCGUCUUUCACAAGGAAUUGAUCGUGCUAUGGAUAAAGGUAGCCUUCAAAAUAUGAUUGAACGAUUGUGUGAUUUAGGUAUGUAUCUUAAGGCCUACAGGAUUUUAGAAAAACUAGCUGAUGAUGGGAUUUUACCUGAUACUACAACCUAUAAUAUCCUAAUAAAUGGCAUGUGCAAGAUUGGGAACAUAAAUGGUGCUCUUAAGCUCUUUAAAGAAUUACAACUCAAGGGACAAUCACCUGAUUGUGUAACCUAUGGAACUCUUAUUGAUGGGUUUUUUAGAGUCCGAAGAGAUGAUGAAGCAAUAGGCUUGUUAAAGGAUAUGAUGAAGCAUGGGUGUUCGCCCAACUCUAAUGUCUACAUGUCAAUAUUGACUUGGUUAUGCCGUAGAGGAAAGGUUUCAAUGUCCUUUAACUUCUGGAUAGAUUAUCUUAGGAGCUUAGAAAAUCCGAAUGAUGAAGGGCUAAAAUCAAUUGAGGAAUUUAUUGAGAAAGGAAAUUUGGAGGAAGCUGUCCGAGGUUUGCUGAAAAUGGACAUUGACUUGAACAACUUUGAUAUGGGACCAUAUACAAUAUGGCUAAUUGGGCUAUGUCAAGCUGGAAGAGUGGAUGAAGCUUUGAAUAUUUUUAAUGUUCUUCAGGAUUUUAACAUCAGUUUAACUCCAGCAGCUUUCGCGAAGCUAAUACAGCUUCUUUGCUCAGAAUCAAAGCUGAAUGUUGCCGUGGAUGUUUUUCUCUACACACUCGAUAGAGAGAUUAUGCUAUUGCCACCAGUUUGCAAUAAGUUACUUUGCGCUCUCUUGAGUUCUGAGGCUUACGUGAAGCUUGCUUUCAAUGUACUGGAAAAAAUGGAAGCUGUGGGUUAUAACCUUAAAAUUCAUCUUAACCAAAAAACAAAAUCGCUUUGGCAACAUCAUGCACACAAGCGGGAGUCAAUGAUGGCCGGCUAAUCCUGUUUGCCUUUGGUUCACCUGAAUGCUGUAUUCGCUACAAAAGCUUUGUUAUAUGAAUUGGUAACAUCUCUUGAUAAUGUCAUUGGAGGUUGUUCUCUAUGCGCCGGCUACAGUGGUGUGGUUUUUUACUUUGAUUCGCUUUGCCCCAUAGUGCAAAAUAUCAGUCGCAGCGUCAUAUUGUGACUGUAUUGUAAAUAUUUUUGAGCUUACCACGACCGAAAUAUAGAUCAAGACAACAACAAAAUAUUCGCAUAUACAGGGAUAGCCGUUUUUCCGUUUUGCAAGCACGACCUAAAUAAUAUUUUUGCACUAUGCUUUGCUUCUGGGUAUGAAUACCUUCAGACGUAUUCACUCCAUUUGGGUGCCUUUUCGUUCUCUGUUUCUUUGGCUCCUUUUCCCUAUUGAGGUUUGCUCGACUUCCUUUUUACAGAUUAUAUAGAGCAGGCCUUCUUGAAAAUUUUUAUAGGAUUUGUUGUUUUUUGAGCAUUGGCUUGUUUCUCUUUUCUUUUUUUUCUCCUGCAUAUCUAUGGUUGCUGCGUGUGCUAAACUUUGCUGAAUUAUCUUGUCUGCUACGUGAAAUAUCAGUACAAUGAUUUCCUCUGGAAAGGAGCGUCAUUAAGCUUAGGAGGAAAAUAAUACUCCUAUCUUCCAAGUCUAAGUUCAGUUUGUUUAAUCAUUUCCCCAAAGGUUUUACAUUCAAGACUCUCAUCAAGAGAUAAAGCAGGAAGUACCAUUGGGCCAUCCACUUAAGGACUAGCUAUGGAUCUGCUGAGGCUUAGUUGGAAAUAUGCUUGGAAAGCUAUAGGGUAUCCAAAGUUCAAUAUAGGUCGGCAAUGCGCAAGGGUGCAAUCCUUAAAUUGGCCAAACUCAAAAAUCACCACCAGUCACCCUAUGACGUACCCCCAUACAAUCCCAUAAACCUUACUUUCUCUGCCACAAAUAAAGCUAAUUCACCCAAUUCCCACCAACACAACUUAUUAUUCACCUUCUAUGUUACCAUGAGAGUUAUAAGGCGAUUAUGAGAUAAGAAGAUGCAAAUCAAGCGAUCCAUAAGGCCUCUGUAUCUGCUGCGAUGAUAAGUGGAUUUUAAGUCGCCACUAUAAGAAAAAGCGAGAGCUAAUUAUCAUGAUAGCCCAAGAUGAUGAUUGAGAACUUGAAUUUGAGGUGAUAGCAGAGGAAGCGAAGGACGAAGGGGUGGAGAUGGAAAUGGAACCACCCACAAUUUUACCUCAAGGCGGUUGUGGUAAAACUAGCCGUGCGUCACAAAAUACUAAGCGAUUUGGGUUGACUCAGCACAGGCAGUUCAUGAAGGGGCAAGGUGAAUGUAAGGAGGUUCUUCUCUACCUUCCAGAGGCCGAAAUCAGAGAGAUCUUACUCUCAUUAGUAGGCAUUUCCGUUGUGAUCCUCAGGAUCGAUUGGCUUGUAAAAAAGGCCCAGUAACCUCCAGUUGGUAGUUUUAAACAAUGAAGUUCCAUCGAGAAAAAACAAGGUAGUAUUGCAAGGAAAUCCUUCAUUAGGCUGAAUAUUAACUUCAUUUAAGGCCGUGAUUCAUACUUUGUGGAAAGAAGGGGUUGGAAUUAAAAUAGGUUGAAACUUUUGGAUAGGGAGGAAACAACCAAUGCGUGGCUGCCGUUUCUGUUUCAGUCUUCCUUCUGUCCGAUAGAGAUUUCAAUGAGCUUUUCUGGAAGGAGAUUUUCAGACUCCAGGGACCAGGAUACCAACUUGUUCUGAAGCAUAGCCUAUCACCCGUAAGAUGGCCGAUCCAAAAUGCGAAUCAACCCUUAAGAAAUAUACAUGAGUUGUUUUAUGUAAUGGGCACCCCAGGAAAUGGGUUCAUGGAUUCAUUGAGCGGAAUACCCACAACACGUAAUAUCAUACUGAAAGCAAGAUGACUCCCUUCCGGGUUUAUACAGCCUGCAACCACCACCUCUGUUCAUUUUGGGCAAAGCAAGACCCCUGUCGACAGCCUGAAAAAGAGUUGCAGUGACCGAUGGACCUACUGAGAGCUCACUCAACAAACCAUGAAACUGCAGCGUAGCAUAAGAGAACUGAAAUGGAGUUUAAUGUUGGGGACUCGGAAUGUCUCAAAUUACAACUAUACAGACAGCGAUUAUUAGCCACCCGAUUUUGUGAGAAGCUGUCAGCUCAAUGCUGUGGUCUGAAGCCGUGAUUUAUUCAGAAGCGCUCGCGUUUGUCCUGUUUUCCAUUUGUCUCACUGAAAGAAGGUGAGCAGUGGGCCCAGCAACAACUCAUUGACAGUGAAGUGAUUUGGGGCUGGUAGUGAUACUAUGAUGGGAGUGUACUGGAAGUUUAUUGCUAUAUUUGCAGCUCAUAGCCAGCUUUUUAACUCCUCAACCUCAUUGUAUGGCUGGAUUUUACUUGGAAUAUAUAUUUGACCUGACCACCUCCACACCUUUAAGCUUUCUAUAUAUAGAUGGGCCCUUUUCUUCCACGAACAAACAAUGAUUUUAUUUUAUGAAAAAUAAUUAUUUUAGGUCUUGUUUCUGUUAGAUAAGCAAGUAUACUUUUGACGAAUAUAAUUAUUUUUUUCUAUUUUAUCAUGUAAUAAA